AUGGCAGAAGGAUGGUCUCAGCAGCUGCGGGAGGACGGCUUCACGCCGGACGCAGCGCUCUAUGUCCUGCUGAUCGAGGCGUCCCGGAAGGCCAAGGAGCCCGAAAAGGCGAUCGCCCACUUCAACCAGAUGGUCUCCGCAGAUGUCAAAUUGACAAGCGCGGCGUUUGUGCACGUCAUCUUGGCCCUUGCGCCGGCCAGAGAUGUAGAAGUGCUGUCCCAAUGGAUGGAGAGGAUGAUCGACAGCGGCUUUGAGCCCAAUUGGCAGUGCUACGAAGCCGUUUUGGAGGCCGCGCAGUCGAGGCGGGACGCAGAGCUGCAGGACUUCUGGGAGGAUUUCUGGCUCAAGCGCCUCGCCGGGCUGAAGAAGAAGCCUGACAGAGACGUUUACAACGUGCUCAUCGGGGUGCCGGCCAAGUAUGGCAACGUGAAGCGUGCGGAGCUGUGGCUGACAAAGAUGCGCAAAGCGCACAAGGGGCCGGGCACCAACAACUGGAACUCCGUACUGAAGGCAUGUGAGGUGGCCAAAGAUGCCGAUAAUGCGCAGAAGAUCCUCAAUCGCAUGAUCAACAUCAAAAAGGCCGUCCCGUUUCAUUCCGUUGCGGCUGUUGCAGCGCAACAGCGGCCCUGA